AUGAUUAUACAAGAAAUCAGUGGUAGUAUAUCUCGUGAGUUGAAUUCUAGAUUCUCACGUCAUGAUUACGAUAAACUUGUUGCCAUAGACUCCCGUGUAGAGGAAAUGAUGAAGUUAUUGGAUAUGGAAUCGAAUGAUGUUCGCUUUGUAGGAAUUCAUGGGAUGGGUGGCAUUGGUAAGAUAACGCUAGCCGAAAUAAUUUAUGAUAGAGUUUCUAAUUGUCGUUUUGAAGGAAGCAGCUUUAUUUCUUGUAUUAGAGAAAAAUCUACUACUUCUCGUGAUCUAGCUUCUUUACAAAAACAACUACUUUCAACAAUCAUGCAAGAAGAAAUAAAUGUAUGGGAUCAUCACCUGGGAAUUAGGAUGAUAAUGAAGAUGCUACAGAAUAAAAGGGUUUUUAUCGUCCUUGAUGAUGUGGAUAGUGAAAAGCAACUGACGACAUUAGCAGGGAAUCAGAAAUGGUUUGGUCCAGGGAGUAGGGUGAUUAUAACAUGCAGAGAUAGUCAUCUGUUGAGAACACAUGGAGUGUAUGAUAUCUGUAAGGUUGAGCAGCUUCAUGCUGCUGAAGCUUUGCAACUCUUUAGUUUGUCAGCAUUGAAGAAAACCCAUCCUACAGAGAAUUACAUGGAUCUAUCUAAGCAUUUUGUGAAGUAUGCUCAAGGCCUUCCUUUAGCUCUUAAAGUUUUGGGUUCCUUCUUAUUUGGGAGAACAAUGGAUGCAUGGGAAAGUGGUAGGGAUCAACUAGAAGUAGUUCCUAACAAAGAUAUUAUCAAUAUACUUCAACUAAGUUUUGAGGGGCUGGAAGAUUCGCAGAAAAAAUUAUUCUUGGAUAUGGCUUGUUUUUUUCAAGAAGAGUGGCUAAAUAACAAUUUUAAGGAAAUAUUAAAAAGUUUUGGUUAUUAUCUAGACAUCGACAUUGACAUUCUCGUCGACAAGUCCCUCAUAAGCAGAUCAAAAUAUGAAAGGUUGUUCAUGCAUGAUUUGCUAAAAAAAAUGGGCCAGAAAAUAGUUCGUCGCGAAUGCCCUGAAGAACCUGGAUGA